AUGGCCAUGGCUAGCAUCACAGACCUCCCAGCUGAGUUGAUCGACAAUAUCCUCGACCUCGCCGCGGCAGAAGUCUCCGACGACACAGCCAUCAAGUCCCUGGGUCCCAGACGGGUCGCCGACUCCCCGCCCAUCGUGCGCCAGCGAAUCAUCAACAGCCUCGCGCCUACCUGCCGCAGGUUCCACCAGUUCUUCGAACACGAACAGCACCGCGUCAUCUUCCUCACCAAGAGAGACAUCUUCCCGCGGAUGGUCAAGCACCACCGGGUGCUGGGCUCUACCGCAACCGCAAGUGUUCCAGAACACGACGCACCAACAAACUUGACUCUCAAGGGCGAUACGCGCAAGGCUGGCUUCAAGGGUAUGGACGAAUACUGGGUUCCUCUGGAUCAAGUCGGGCGUGAACGCGUCGGGCCGCAUGUGCCGUUGCAGCGCGGGCAUGGUCAUAGGCUGGGUUUGCUGGCGCAGCUAAUCCUGCUGCGGCUUCCAAACGUCGAGAGAGUCACUUUGCCUUAUUGUAUGAUGGACCUUCUUCAACCCCUGGACAUGUCAUGUGCAAAUGUGAAAUUUCGACAAAGAUUCCCACCGCGGCUCAAAUCCCUGCGCAUAACGAAAGUUGACAACGGAGAUGGGCACCCUGGAAUAGCCGGUAUGACGCCCAGCCGGUGCGGGAUCUUCGCAAAGUACGGCUACAUCAAGGAACUGCUCACCAGCGACCUACAAACGGGCCUCCCGCCCGCGGAGUUCAUCGCAUUCAGCUGGCUCACGCGCCUCGUCCUCUGGCAUUGCGCCGUCAUUGACCCGAAUCACUUAGACCAGGCCCUGAAGCGGCUCCAUAGACUGCAGACCUUCGUCUACACGGUCAAGAGCUCGCCCACUCCCAGGUGGGCUCGAUACCCCAUGUACGAACAGUAUCUGGCGGUGCGGUUCCCCGAGACCGUGACGACGCUCUGCAUCGACGCGCCGUUGGAUUAUUGGUUCGGGCGGUACGGACUGGCGCCGGUGUUUGGCGGCCUGCAGAAGCUGGAGAACCUGUGGGUGAACACGCACAAUCUGAGCAGGGCGGGGCUGGGGAACGGGGUUGGGAUUCUGGAAUCGACGAGCCGGCACGAUCGCAGCUACGACCGCAUCGAGAUUGUAGCGGGGGAAGGCGAUCUGAAGUGUUUGCCGAAGUCGCUGAAGAGGCUACACAUAUUGGGGGAGAUAGGGCGUGUUCGGGAGGAUGUGAAGUGGUUGGAGGAGGCGGUUGGUAGUGGGCGGCUGCCGAAUUUGAAGGAGAUCGCGGUGGAGACGAUAAUAGAAGAUGAGGACGGCCCGGAAGAGGGCUUUUGGAUGCGUUAUGAGGCGGAUUUGUGGGGUUUGGACGGAGAGAAGCUUGAGAGGGAGGGUGUGAGGUUCUUAGAUGAGGUCGACCCCAAACCAUACUUGUGGUAG